AUUUCAGGCCAGAUUCGCGAGCGGGCUGCCCCGUUUUCAAGGAGACUUUCGGAUCUGCUGCAAAGAGAUCGCUCUUACCAUUGCACCGUCUACGCCAUCAACCGCUACCAGAAUGCACCCAAAGAUACGCUCAAGUUCGUCGUGUAGUACCUUCAAGAGAGGAAUACACUGCAUCCCAACGACAAUGUCGUUCAUGCUGUGAUGAGGAUGGUGCAUGGUCAGAAGAAGGAAGGACACACGCCGUCGUUAAACUUUCGUCACACCAGUGUUUCAGCUCGAAAGAUUCUUCGAAUUAACCUUAAAUCAUGGCACCAGGGAGCCGUCUCCACUCCUACGUCGACGAAUAGUAAUGGGCGGAGGAUUAGAGACUGUGUGUGCAGUACAGUGGCCAGUGCUCCCUCUUCAUAAUAAUGUGUUUACCAGAGAAGUGUUAUAGAGCUGGACCUGUCCAGCUUGAAUAAGGAGAUGUCAUCGAACUGGACUGGUGCUGGGUGGAUUUUGAAAGACCAUGGCCCCUUGAGCUGCCUCACAGAACUUUGAUCAUUGGAGUCCAAUGAAAUGUAGCACAGUAAAAAUUUCAGGCCUCACAAAGUUGUUGCAAUCUCCGUGUGCACAAAGUCAGCGCCGAGAUGCGAAGGCGGACAGAAUUGUGUGCUUCUCACCAAGGAUUGUGUAUCGAGUACGACCACGAACGCCCUCUAUAUCAAGCAUAACAAUGAGUGGUCUCCAAAUAAGAGUCAACUGUUUUUAAAAAUUGCACAAAGGUUAAAAACGAUGUAAGUUUAUGAACAACAAACGACAUACUUAAACAUCAAAAUUGACUAGGAUGAGGAAACGUUAUAUACAGCAAAUAUUGAGAUCAAGACGAUUCUCAAACCUAGU